AUGGCUCCCAAGAAGAUCAAGUGCAACUUCAAGGACUGCAGGGACGCCGCGCAGAGGAUAGUGGGCGACUGCGCCUUCUGCAACCAGCGCUUCUGCGGCAGGCACCGCCUGCUCGAGGACCACAAGUGCUCCGGCCUGGAAGACGUGAGUAUCCCCGACACCCCCUGGUGGCUCGUCGGCCUCGCCGGCGAGCUCUCGGGCGACGAGGACCUGUUUCACGAGGCUGACAUGAUGCUGACCGGUUCAGCAGCAGCGCCGCCACCGACAACGCCGCCGCCGAUGCCGCAGCUGCCGCGACACCCGGCCUACCACUGCCACUGCCACCCCGACGAGGCAAUCCGAGGACGAUGCGCCGACCACCUGCGCGACGCAGUGGCCGAUGACGACGAGCUGUACGAGCGAGAUGCCGCAGGCCAUCGCCGUCUAGACGGCGAUUCCUUCGAUUUCGAUGACUCGCCUGGUCCACCCCUCAUCGGUCAAAACAAACCACCAUAUCAUCUUCCAAAGCACACCUUUGAUUCUCCUUCUCGAGAACGUGCUUCCGUACCAUUCACGCGACUCGGCAGAAUCUGGGACAUCGUUUUGAUCUUCCCGGCUCUCUCCGAUGUAAUCUACCAUUGCUUCUUUGGCAAGGCGUUUGAGGAUUGGGUUCUUUUUGUUUUUCGAUCUUCUCCUCGGAGAGAUCUCGUUUUCUAA